AUGGACUCCACUCUACUGCUACUAUUGACAAUGUUCGUUGUUUUAGGCAAAGUUGUUGGAGACAGAAGGCUGACAUUUGUCACUGUGGUGAGUAUGCUAGUUAGCUAGCACAUACAGUUGAUAUGCAAGUUGACUUGUAUAGCUGAAGUUCGCCAGCCAGCUUGUGUGUGCUUGCUUCUAACGUUUCUAGCUAGCUAGAUAGGCAGUCGUGUCAGUGGCUGUCAUUCUUCUCUUUGGCAGUCCACUUAUUAUGUAACGUUAAAGUUAGCUGCUUACCAACUCGUUAACUACCUAACAUAGCUAAACUACCUAACUUAGCUAGCUAAACCGCAAGAAAGCUGGAAUCUGUAACGUUACCAAAAGAGGAACUAACGUUAGCUAUCUUUUUUUUUUUUUUUUUCUGUAGGCUAGCCUUUGCACUGGUAAACACUAUCGAGUCUGGACAGUUAGUGCUGUGUACCUAGCUAACGUUAGCGAACUAACUAACAAACGUAACGUUAAGCUAAUACUGUUUCACUGUUGCCUGUUUUAGGGCUGUACAAGCUAGUAUGUGACCCCAAUGACAAUUUCACGUAACAUUAACUAUCUGACCAAAUAAGACUUAACUUUUUUUAUUGGAUGAACAACACUGGAUUGUUGCAAUGUUGAGUUUGCUCUAGCAUUAAUGAGUAAGUGUGGCUAUGUUAAUGCAAGACAAAAUACACAUUGAGUUAUUAGCCUAAUUGUGGUGUGGGUUUCGCGGACCUUUUUUUAUGCAGCUUGUGCUGGAAAUGGAAAAGCUAGUCCAACCAGUUUGUCACUUGCCUAGAAUAUCUUGUUUGGGUGACUUUCAUAGAGUUUCUGUGUCCUAUUAAAUGUUUUACAUAGCUCUACCGCCAUGGUGACCGAUCCCCAGUCAAAGCCUACCCUACUGAUCGCUACCAGGAGAGCUCUUGGCCACAGGGCUUUGGACAGCUCUCGCAGGUAAAGACCAACAAUUGAUUUGAAAUCCAUUCUUCAUCAAGGACUGAAUAACACUAGCCUGAAAUCCAGAACCUCUUUUGCUAACAUUCCACUCCUUGUACUUCUUGUCAUGCUAAUGCUAUGUUUAGCAUGACAAUGAGUGGAAUGAUACCUCAAACAAACUGGUACCCAAGCUAGAAUAAGUUUUGAGGAAAAAUCCUGAUGUACUGAUGGGUGUGGUUCUUGUUGUACUAAUAGCACACCGUUUCUGUGAUCCCUACAGGAAGGAAUGAGGCAGCACUUUGAGCUGGGACAGGUGCUGCGGAAACGCUAUCAGGGUUUUCUCAAUGACACCUAUGACCGACGUGAGGUAAUUUAUGGUUUAGCACCUUGUUGAAACGAUGAUGGUACCAUCUCGGUCACACACUCAUUUCAAUUAGAAAAGUUGGUGAAGAUUUGCAAAUUGGAUUGUGUUUAUUGCCCAUGUUAAACAAACUGUGCACUCUGUACAAAUAAUGGACUCUCUUCCAACAAUGCACUAGGUCUUGAAGUAAGUAAAACCAGCUCUAGGCUGUAGCCACAGAAAUGCAAAAGGAAGUAUCUUGUUUCAGUGAUAGCCACUACCCCUCCUAUUGUUCUUUGUCUAGAUUUCUGUGAGGAGCACAGACUAUGACCGGACCUUGAUGAGUGCAGAGGCCAACCUGGCUGGAUUGUACCCUCCCAAUGGGUCACAGGUCUUCAACCCGUCACUGGAGUGGCAGCCUAUUCCUGUUCACACUGUGCCCCAGGAUGAGGAGAGGGUGAGCAGGGUGCUGAGGUCUUGGGUGACAUCCAAAGUUUCACAGCUGCCACAAAAUAUGGAAAUUCUGAAUAUAAUUCUGUUUUAAAUAAUAAGUUAUUGGCUACCUCCAUACUAAUGUUCCCAUCUAAAAUGUCUAUCUAUUUCAGCUUUUGUCGUUUCCCAUUCCGGGUUGCCCUCGUUAUAAAAUCCUCAUGAAUGAGACAGAACGCUCAGAAAAGUACCUCAACAUGACAUUUCUAUACAAAGUAAGUGUCACUGGAAUUAAGGUGAUGACUGGCUAAUGAAGCUAGAGACUUAUUCCUAUGAAAUGUGAUUACCUUUUUGUUAACUGUCUGCUAUGGUUUGUGAGGCUUCACAAUUCAUAUUCACUUUAGAUUCAUUUUCAUUGUCCCCCACGAUGAAAUCGAGGAAGGGACUGUGGAUUGGUCUCCCUCCGUUAGUACAUUUGUAUUUGCGUUAGUCGCACGCGAUAUCUAAGGCAGCACUGGGUCGAUUUUGACUAAACUUGUGAGAAUGAUGUGAGAGAGAACCAGCAUUAACACAAUUACACAGAUUGGCCAGGUGGUGGCGCUAUAACAAGCGAUUGAAAAUGCCAACUUUGAAAGGUCACGCCCGUAACCCCAUUUGAACAUGGGUGCCUCUCCUCACAAGGAUCAAAUUUGCCUCAGGGACCUAUAAGGUCCACCAUGAUGGAUUUUCCGCCAUUUAGAGUUUUUUGAGAAACACUUAAAACUACUCUUCUGGCACCGAAUGACCGAUUUGCACGAAACUUGAUAUGUGGCAUCUAUGGACAAAGGUCUCUCAACGCAAAACUUUCCAGACUAGUACCUAAAACAACAUGGCUGCUAUUGACCAGGAAACAUUCACAUGGGCGUGGUCUGACACAUAAAUGCAUAUAUAUCAGUAAAGGAUAUACGUGUUGUAACAAAAUGUAGUACACAUGUUGCAAACACUGUCAAGACUCAACAUAUACGAGAACAUUCAUAUCGACCACACUGUGGCGCUAGAACGGGCACAUGUUUACAUCUCUUGAUCUGUUUGAGUGAUAAUUUGGCACACAUGCUCAGGGAUACGACUCUAGCUAACCCACGCGAUAUCUCAGAUACCACUGGCCCGAUUUUUGACAAAACUUGGGUGAAUGAUGCAUCUUGCCAUAGAGAUCUGCCAUUUAUAAAAUUACACUGAUUGGCCCAAGAGGGGUGCUAUAGUAAUCAACUGUACGUAAGUUAGUCACACGUGAUAUCUCCGACACAGCCGGCACGAUUUUGAUGAAACUUGGGUGAAUGAUGCUUCUUGCCAUAGAGAUCCGGCAUUUACAAAAUUACACUGAUUGGCCUAAGGGGGGCGCUGCAUCAUUUGUGGGGGAAGACAUGUUUGCUGUUGCCUUGUUCCUACCUUGUUUUGAAUUUCUUCUCCAUCACUUGCCAACCACACAGGUCGACACAGCUUUGACAGCUCAACAAGCUUAACUUUGAAUGCCCCUUGUCUAGAUGAUCAUUGUUUGAUCCUUUGCUCUUACAGGAUUUAAUAGCGAUGGUACGGGAGAAAACUGGUCUGAAGAACACUAACAUUGAGACUGUUUGGAGUGUCCAUGACACCUUGUUCUGUGAGGUAAGCAGCUUAUAUGACCUAUAAUAGAUAUCAUUCCUUAUAGUUUUAUCACUUUGCUUACUAUCAAUGCAGAAUAUAUUGCAAAACAUUACAGAAUUUCCACCGUACAGUUUGCCAUAAAUCAUGCAGAUUUGUGUGAGUGAAUGUUAAACUUUAAGUUAGAAUGUGAAAUGUUCCUACAGCCAAAGUUUUAGCUAGCGAGGAACCACAGUGGUUUAUGGAAGUGAAAACAGAACUGUGAGCUGGCGCUGCGCCUGUGGCUACUCUGCCUUGUAACUGUAGAGAGGUGAUGGAACUCGUGCUUCAGUCUACUCUGGCAGCAGAAAUCAGCCUGCCAUGUAAAGACAUUUGGGAAGGGUUGGGGAGACACAAAGGCAGCAAUGUGGUCAUUGAUUGUCUCCGGCCAGAUCAAAACAAUUAUUUGUAUAUAUCACGAAACGUGUUCAUCAAGAAAUAUAGCCUAUACCUACUUUCAUUUUAUUGGUGGGUACAUUGGGAACCUUGUUUUAUUGGAUGUUCUACACUGUAAUGGUAGCAAUAUCAUGCUAUUUAACUUUAGAGACAGACAACAGCAUGUAUUAUUAUCUUACUAACAUUGUUGUGUAGUUUCACCUUGAUGCAGUGUCAUGAUCAUAAUGGGGCUUUUCGUUUUUGUUCUCCAUCCAUGUGAUUUUAGGCAAGGCACAACAUGACCGCUCCUGACUGGGUGACCCCUGAGAUCAUGGAUGAUCUGAGGAAGCUCAAGGACUUUGGCUUUGAAAUCAUGUUUGAGGUCUACAAGCAUCAGGAGAAAAGCCGUCUCCAAGGAGGUAAUGCGAACUGUCAGAAUGGGAAGGGCAAAAACUUGUUUCAGCUUACCUAUCUACGUUCCCUUUGUAUGUGCUAUUUAGUGAUGGUCUAACUGUAAGUCGCUCUGGAUAAGAGCGUCUGCUAAAUGACUAAAAUGUAAAUGUAAUGGUCAAGGCUGCGGAGCCCGUCCCGCCCCAUGGUUUCCUUUUCCCCACACCUGGAUUUCGCCUGUCGGAUAGGUUUCAAUACAUAGAAAUAGAAUGAAUAGAACAGACAAAUCAUUGACUUGAAUGUGGACUCCUAUUCUAUUUUAAUGCAUUCCUAUCCGAUUAGCCGAAAUCCGGAUAAAAAAAAAAAAAAAGGUCCUAAAGAUCCAAAUCACAGUCUGCACAUGUUUCUUUACCUCUGCUUUACACACAAAUAUUUGUGGUCACCCUCCCUUUUAUAUUUCUCACUGUCAAUCAUGAAUGAUAAUUCUUCAAGUUCUACUGGAUAAACGUCCAUGCAGUAUCUGCAUACCAACCAUUUGAUCUCAAUCAUUUUCAUGGGGAUAUCUUCUUGAGUUAUAGUGUUGUCUUGAAGUAGCCUACAGUGUUGUUUUGAGUUGUGUACAGUGAGCACAUUUUUGAGCAUAUUGUUUUAACGAACUGUAGCAUGUUUCAGUCAAAGCACAUAUUUUGCCUAGUGGUGUGCGCUGUUGAGUUUUGGCCACAUGAGAGAAAUGUGACCAUUUGCAAAAUCAUCCUAAAAUCUCAAGAAAUGAGGUGGUGUUUGUUGUCUGACAGUAACGUUAUACAAUGGUAUUAUAUUACAUUCUGUUAUGUAGAAUACUAUCGUUAUGCCAUGUUGCAGAAAUGGAUUCAGCUUUGAUCUUACUUUAGUAAACAGCACCAUUCGCCAGAGUAGCCUGUUCUCUACGAGUAGAGCACAGACUGUGCGUAAAGUAGAGGAUCCCGCACAUGCACAGAAGCUUCGGGACGUUUAGCUGUCGGGAAGAGGGGUCCAGAAAAGUUGGAUCGGCAGCCACUCAGUUUAGUUAUUGCAAUUCUUCAUAUGUCCCUCAAAUAUAUGAGAGUGAUUAGAGAUUUGAAUAUGCAUUCCUACAUCUUUGAGUUGACCAUACUAAGCCAAACGGUUAAACUACUUUGUACAUCAUCGAGAUGAAGACUAAUCCCACACCCACCAUUAAAGUCAGCUGAAGGAAUGAGAUAAGAGAAGGUAAAUCUUCUCAAAUUGUCUAGUUAACUGCUCACUAUAUGCUUUUACUACUCUAUCAAAUAGGUGUCCUCUUGGGUAGCAUUGUAAAUAACAUCUCAGAGUCUGCACUUCCCAACUCUAAUCGCCGUCUGAAGAUGAUGAUGCUCUCUGCGGUAAGUUUUUAAAUCUUGUGCAUUAUCUCCUUUUUACGUGGAUGCCUUGGGCUGUUUGCUGCUAAUUGUUCAUCUAAUGCAGGGAUAGGAAACUGGCGGCCCAUGUGGCCGGUAGCCCCUGUUUUGUAGGCCCGCGGACCAAUUUAAUUUUGGGGGGGAACUCAGUCGAGGGCUCUACUUACUGUUGAGAGUUAGAAUAAUAAAAUACACAAGGUGCAAUUUUGAAAUUUGGUUGCGCAUCAGCAGUCACUCAAUUAGCCCAUGUCAGCAAUUUUUUGUGGGAUUGGUAAGUUAGUCCAGCGGCCAGCUAUCUAAUCUUGUAGUAAGCGUGGCCGAAUUACCGACCGGGGAGGGCCAUUGCUCAUCAGUUAUCAUAUUAAAAACUGCAAACUUUUUCUCUCCACCCCAUGGCAAAAUAUGUAGAAUUGCAGCAAACUUUCUUUAAAACGGCAACAUUUACCCUACACCCAAUGGCAAAAUGUGCCGAAUUGCAGGGGGUGUAUGGAUGUGGGUACGCAUACCGACGAGCCACUGUGGCCCCUCAUGAUGACUUCCGUUUUUUUGUGGACCCCUUCCCCACCAUCAAAGUUGCCCAUCCCUGAUUGAAUGCAUGAGUCUUUUGUGUUACUUUUCAGCAUGACACCACCAUUGUGGCUUUGCAGUCGAGUUUGAGUAUCUUCAAUGGAAAGCAGCCGCCCUAUGCCUCCUGCCACAUAUUUGAACUCUAUCAGGAAGACAACGGGUAGGAAUAAGAACCUUGUUCAAAGCUUGUCCAAACUUUGUGUAGUUAUAUUAUACUGUAUUCUUUUGUGAACUGGCUCAGAUAAGCAACAUUCAGUCAAAUAAAUAAAAUAUCCGAUUUAGAUCUACUGUCAGUCUGAUAUAGAAAGUCUUCGCCCUCUUUAGAUCAUUCACAGUGGCCAUGUUUUACCGCAAUGACACCACAAGAGCGCCUUACCAACUGGCUGUACCUAGCUGUGAUCUCUUCUGCCCCCUGGAGGACUUUGUGCGCCUCACCAAACCAUCCAUCCCAGAGGAUUGGGACAAGGAGUGCAUGGUGGAGUCUCCCACAAAGGAUACAGGUAUGAUGGGAGUAACAUGGGCCUUUGAUAGAAUGGGUUGAAUAAGGGUAAUUCCACUUUAAAGGGAUACUAUGGGAAUUAUCUACUUUCCCAGUGUCAGAUGAACUCGUGGAUACCAUUUUUAUGUCUCUGUGUGCAGUUUGACUAGCGUUACCCAUAGACUUCCAGUCAUUGCGAAACUACCUCUAACUUCCUUAAUACUGGACACAGAGAUGUAAUAAUGGUAUCCACGAGUUCAUCUGACUCUGGGGAAGUACUUAAAGGGCCUCUGCCAAAAUCCCCAAGUAUCCCUUUAAUUAAAAAAGUGCAUGAAGGAGGAUUUUGACACCCACUGUCUCAGAUUGUUCUGAAAUGGUUUCUGUAGUUAGAAACGGAUAAGAUGAGCAUUCAUUCAACAUUAUUUUGUUGAAAUGUAAUUUGAUCUCUGAGAAAUUAGCCUAAUUAAUUGCACCUAUAUUGGCCAUUUUAAUUUAUAGGGUUCAUAUAAUAUUCAAUAUACUACCAAACAUCCAAUUUGGACCAAAUUUCUUCUUGCCAUUGAGUAGAAAAUUAAAAACAAUUGUCAAAAGCCACCUAUAGACCCCAUCCACACACACACACACACACCAAUCCCACCCCAACAUCCAGAAUACAUUUUUCUUUGAGAUUUAUUAAUGUAGGGGUUCCCAAAUGUUUUCACUCAGGCCCCCUUCCAGCAUUGGGGAACAUCCCGCGUCCCCCUAUGCGCACGCGAGCUCCACGUCUAUUUCUAUGGGCAUAAGCACUGUUCAUGACACACUGUUCACACCCCUCUUGUUGGUAGAGAGAACAUUUAGCAGGUUUAAAGCUUAUUUCCUGCAAUUCUACACGUCAUGUCUGUGUAUUCAUGUGAUAGUUGAGUGACUAAAACAUUUUAACAAAAUCUAUGGGCAAAAAAACCUUGAAAGAAAAUGUUAGCUGACAUGGGCUAGUUGAUCUGGAUAUUUCGGACAAGUUAUAAAUAGCUCUCUAAGGUAUGCAAUUACUAACGAGAGGAAAGCUGAUGAUGCACUACCCAAUUUCAAAAUUGCACUUUGUGCAUUCUACUAUUACAACUUUCAAGAGUAAGUUGAAAGCUGCACUGAGUUCCAGGUAAUACCAGUAUGUAUGAUGGGACAUAAAACAACUUCAAUUACUAAUUUAUCUGAACAGGGGGGGGAAGUACAUCACCAAAUUCACUGGGAUUACAUAGUAUGACAAAACAAUACUCAAGCCGCAGUUCAAUACUACUUGUCAAACAUAGAGAACUGAUACAAUAUACUGGUAAAUGGGAUGGGAUUCAUAUCUUACUCAUUGGUAGGAAGACGUUUGGACCAAAUCGGAUGUUGGGUACUAUAUUUAUUAAAUAUAUUAUAUGAAUCCUAUAAAUUAAAAUGACCAAUUGGCUGAAUUUUUCAGAGAUCAAAUUAUAUUUAAACAAAAUAAAGUUGCAGGAAUGCUUAUCUUAUCUGUUUCUUACUGCAGAAACUAUUUCAGAACAAUUUGAGAUGGUGGGUGUCAUGGCAUGCUGAAAUGACAUGGAAUAACUGAUAAUGUGUGUUUGACAUAUCUACUGUGUCUUUCUCUGGUCCCAUCAUCAGAGGUGGUCAUCGGACUAGCAGUUUGUUGCUGUUUGCUCUUCCUCCUUAUCGUCCUCCUGCUCGCUGUGCUUUGUCGGCAACGUGAUCCCUCCAACGGCUACAGUCACAUUCCCAAUGAGAAUGAAUCUUGACAAAUGUACAAACUCCACCGUAAGCAGGAUUCAUGGGAUAGUGAAGAAGAUGUUUGAAUGCCUCACAGUUCUGCCCUCUGGUGGGGAAGCAGGAAAAGUGAACACUAAACUGCUUUUAGUGCAACUUUUGUUUUUGUGCUUUAAAAAAAAAAAAUGCUUACUGGGGAGGACAAUGGUUAUCUAGUCCUCUAGUCAACUGUUGUCAUGGUAAGUAUUCCUAAGCUUGUGAAAGAAGUCGGCUACUGGAUUCUGACAAAAUUGCCUUUUUAAUGUUUUCGAAUACUACUUGUACUCAUUUUACUCAUGGGUCCAAGUCACCUGACCAUCGUUCUUACAAAAUGUGGACCACUGGAUGCUUCAUGCUUGUUUGAUUCUCCCCUUGGAAAGUAAUGAUCAUUGUGACACUGAACCCGAGGACAGCUUGUGCUUCAUUCUCUCCAAGGAACAGAUUUUGGAUUGUACUGAGCAUUCUUACAUUUCUAGGAAGUCAUUGGAUAAAGAUGCUAUUUAUUUCCUCUAGUGGUGAUUGUCAUGGUACUUGGAGAAGCCUUCACAUCAUGGUACUCUUGGUAAAGGCUUUGCUCUAUAUUUCAGAGGCACCUACUAACAAGCCUGUCAUGCUUUAUUUUUAUUUGAUUUUAUUUCACCUUUAUUUAACCAGGUAAACCAGUUGAGAACAAGUUCUCAUUUACAACUGCGACCUGGCCAAGAUAAAGCUUUGUGCCUUGGGCUGUUAGAUUCCAUUUAAGGCACAGUAAUUCAUUUAUUUGCUGAAAGUGCAACGUAUCUAACAGUGUGACUGUCCUCUUUCUGCUAUUUUAAAACUGCCUCUGAGGUUGAGACCUUUUAGGCACAAGUGAUUACUUUUUAAUCUGCAUCAGUUUUUUCAUCCCCCAAAAGUUUACAAAAAUACAUUAUUGUAAUUAUUACAAUAUAAAUACAGUAUAAUAUUAUACCUUUCUAUGUUACUAGGUGCAGAGUUCACAGCCUGAGGGGGCUCUCCACUGAGUUCCCAUCAAACAAGUCACUGUAUUGCAAGCAGCUGCCAGCUGUAAUUAGUGCUGAGCGAUGAGUGCUUUUUGAGGUCGUUUCUGUUUUGAUUUUUUUAUCACGGUUUCAUUCAUUUUUUAAAAACAUUAAAUGCACUAUGUAUUAUGUGGGUUGAAUGCUGUAACGACACAAAAUAAAACAAUUACUGCUUAUCACUUAUUACCAUUUAUUCACAGUACUUUACUAUAAUAACAUAUUUCAGUUCUGUAUAUUAAACUUAUUUUAUUUCAUGACUUGAUUUCAUUCCGUCAUCUCAUCUCGAAAGAGCUGCUGCCUAUGCUGUCUGAC